GUCGACCACGAACCCGCCGGCUGCCUGCCAUCUCCGCUCCAUCGAAAUUCUCCUCCGCCUCCAUGAUGCUGUCACGAGCUGCUCGCCCGGCUCUGAGAGCUGGCGCGGCGGCCGCCGCCCGGCCUGCAACCCUCAAUGCCACCAACGCCGCUACCUACGCCACCCUGCGCGAGAUCGAGGGCCGUCUGAAGUCGAUUCGCAACAUCGAGAAAAUUACCAAGACGAUGAAGAUCGUCGCUUCCACCAAGCUCACCCGCGCCCAGAAAGCUAUGACUGAAUCUCGCGCAUACGGACAGACGUCGAACACGGUUUUUGAGAAGGCCGAGACGAAGGCGCUGGAGGGCGAGGGCAAGAAGACGCUGAUUGUGGUCUGCAGCUCCGACAAGGGUCUUUGCGGCGGUAUCCACUCUGGUAUGUCGAGACUGGUGAGGAAGAUGCUCUUAGAAAAACCGGACCAGGAUCUUGUUGUGCUGGGCGAGAAGUGCAAGGCGCAACUGUCCCGUUCCAAUGGCAGGAACUUUGUCCUCAGCUUCGCCGGUAUUGGCAAGGACGUCCCAACCUUCGCAGAUGCCGCUGCUGUUGCCGACCAGAUCUCGAUGCUCCCGACCGACUACACGUCCAUCAAGAUCAUCUACAACAAGUUCAACAACGCCCAGAGCUACGAGCCCAUCGCCAUUGAGGCGUUCUCGGAGGAGGCCAUUGCUCAGUCCCCCAACUUUGCGGCUUUCGAGAUUGACGACGAUGUGCUCGCCAACCUCCGUGAAUACACGUUCGCGAACGCGCUCUACUGGGCACUUGCUGAGGGCCAUGCUUGCGAGCAGUCUGCACGCCGAAACGCUAUGGACAACGCUUCCAAGAACGCGGGCGAGAUGAUCAACAAGUUCCAGAUCCUGUUCAACCGAACUCGCCAGGCCGUCAUUACUGGCGAGCUUGUCGAGAUUAUCACUGGCGCGGCUGCUUCGGAAGAGGGUUAAGGGAUCUCCUGGUGUUAGACUGCAUGUCCCAAAACGUCGGCUCAAUUACCCUGGUAUGGGCUGUGUAGAAUAAGUAUUUUGUUCAUAAGCUCCUUUGUACCAGCUAGUCCCAACCGCGUCCAGCCUGCCUCGACAGUUCUCAUUGGUGCCCUCCGUGCACAAGUCGCGAACUAUUUGCACGGCGUCGUAACGUCUGACCGCCCUUGGAGUGAUAUGCAGAACAUCUGGUGGCAUUGGGAUGGAACUCCGCUCUCGUUAACUGGCUCUCGCACACGAAGGUUUACCCUUAAUUCGAACCGCGUACCGGGCUGCACAACACUAUGUAUACCGAUCCUCUUCAUUGUGCCGCUGUCAGGCUCGUAGAGGGGCUAGCUCAGGGUCCGCGGAGGGGUUGGCACACGCGGCUGCAAGGGAGAGAAGCGUUCACACCAACACGCUCCCCGGUUGCGGCGCGGGAGAUUCGAAUCUGUGUGCCUG